AGUGAGGCAAGCGUGUUUUGGAAAUUAUAGUGUAAAAAAAUGUUUAAAUAAUAUGUCAAAGACUGUAAUAAAUAAUGUACGAUCGAUGUAAGAUGAUCAAAACAAAAAUGGAAAUUUCUUGUUUAAAAGUGAUUCAUUUCGUAGCAGCAAAAUGAAACUGUUUUACAAUCUUAUGAUCAAAAUGCACCAAAAAAUAAUGAAAAACGUGUUUAA